CAUGGGUCCUCUGUGUGUGUGUGUGUGUGUGGCAUGGGUGUGUGUAUGAACUGCACACUUGACCCAUGCCGUGGAUCACAAUCAACCAGUCAAAUCCCCCAUCUUUCAGCUCGUGUUCUAGAGCAUUUCUUCCUUCCCAAUUCAAUGGAGUGGAAAUAGGGGAGUGGCAGCAAAGCAAAUCAAGCUGAAGCAAAGCGAUCCUCGUCAGGCUCCUCCUCCUCCUCAUCAUCGCAUAUCCUACGGGCAAAGCAAAAGCGAAUCCACCACUACCCCCCCACACCGUUCUUGCUUUCUUGCCCUGCCCAGCCGGCCGCCUAAUUUUAGCAAUGGAGGAGGAGGACGAGGGGUCAGCAGCGUGGGGAACCAUGGCGUGAGUAAUAAAUGGCAGCGGAUCGAGCGCGCGACGGGUCUCGUACAGAGGCGACCGCUACCCCCAUCUUCUCCGUCCCCGUCCCCGUCUCCGUCUUCGUCUUCCCCGAGAUUACGUUCAGCUCCCUAUAUAGCCGCGUUCCCCUGGACCAGAGUGUACUUGAGGCACUCUCUUAUGCAUCUCAAAGACUCGGUCACAUCUUUCUUUAUCAUAGACACAAGAGUGUCGCAUGGCAGGAAACUCGCUUAAUCCGCCUGUAGCUAGACGAAAAGGCAUUAUAGCUUUCAAGUUCCUGAUAACCUUUGUCCUAGUUCUUUCAGUGUCUGUUAUUGCUGUCACCCAGUACUUCCAAAGUAUCUCCUACCUUCUGCGGCCGCUGUGGGACACGCCGCCGAGGCCGUUCAUCCGUAUCCCGCACUACUAUGCCCCUAAUAUCUCCAUGCAGCAGUUAUGUCAGCUCCAUGGCUGGGGCACCCUCUCCUCCCCUCGCCGUGUCUUUGAUGCUGUCCUCUUCAGCAAUGAACUCGAUAUUCUGGAAAUCCGCUACCGCGAGCUCUUUCCGUAUGUUGACAGAUUUGUCGUCCUUGAGUCUAAUGCUACCUUCACUGGCAUCCCAAAGGCACUCUCCUUCUUUGAAAACCUCAACCGUUUCGCAUUUGCUAGCUCAAAGAUUGUCUAUGACAUGCUUGCUAUUGGAGAUUUGGAUCCUGAUUCUCGCAGAAUGCCGUUCCUUGUAGAGGCUGGUCACCGCCGUGCACUUAACGCCCUGCUAAAAAGAUCAGGCAUUGCUGUUGGGGAUGUCUUGAUCAUGGCUGAUGCUGAUGAGAUCCCAAAUCCUGAAACCUUGCAGUUGCUCAAGUGGUGCGAUGGAAUACCACCAAUCAUGCAUCUUGAGCUCAAGAACUAUAUGUACUCCUUUGAAUUUCCUGUCGACCAUGACAGCUGGAGAGCGACAGCGCAUCUGUUCACUGAGCGCACAAAGUAUCGCCACUCCCGUCAGACCAACCUAAUGCUGGCCGACGCGGGCUGGCAUUGCAGCUUCUGCUUCAGGGAGAUCAAGGAGUUUGCUUUCAAGAUGAAGGCGUAUAGCCACGCAGACCGGGUGAGACAGGAAAGCUUCCUGAAUCCAGACAGAAUCCAGAGAGUCAUAUGCAACGGGGAGAACCUGUUUGACAUGCUACCUGAAGAGUACACAUUCAGGGACCUAUUCAAGAAGAUGGGACCUAUACCGAAGUCGGCAUCCGCUGUUCAUCUGCCUUCCUAUCUGAUCAAGAACGCAGACAACUUCAGGUUCUUACUUCCCGGUGGAUGCUUGAGGUCACGCUAAAUCAGAGGUGUCUUGUAACUUUGUUUUGGUCAACAGUGUUAUUUUUAGAUGCAAUGCUGUUGCCUCUGUGGAAAUAGGUGUAUUAUGUUUCGUGUGGAGCAGUAUUACUUUAAGAUAGGUUGGUAGAACUUUUUUUGUGCGUGACUAAGGUACCGUGCAAACUUCAAUGUCGUAUUUGCUGUGAUGAGCAGAUCAACAUAGAAUUUACAGAAGGCAAAUGUAAGAGACGGCGAUAGAAAUCGCCGCCCUUCUGCGUUUAUACGGGUCGUUUUUUUCCAUACAGCAAGGUUUUUUUGUUAUUGUUCUA